CCCUCUGCGAGCCCGGCUUCGGAAAGACGCGUGUUGGAUUUGGGAGCGUAAAACAAGAGGGGCGAGAGGCGAGCCUCGUCGCGACAGCAGGCGCGAGGAUAUGCUUUAAACGCGAUUCAGUGCUGCGAACAACGGAGUGGAGGAGAGGAGGCAGAGCAGCGAUAUGAGCCGCAUGUGUUUGAGCCUCCUCGCCACCGGCCAGCACAGACUCACUUUCACCUGUAUGAACGACCUUGCAAUUGCGACCGAAUUUUUCCCGACCACGUUAUUUCCAUGGAGGAUCAAUUUGUCGCUUUUUUCCGCGAGGGCUGAAUUCAACUCCCGCUGGUCUCGAGACACUUCUGAGCAGGAGAGCGAUGAAGGGAUGCUAGGAUUUCAGCCUCUCACCGCUCCUGGUGUGAUGCCACACUGCAGCCUGGCUUCCACAUCAAGUCUGAAACGUCACGCUCUUUUCUCUCUGAGAACGCAAGUGCCAUUUUAAAGCUUAUUGGAUGAAAGCCUCAUUUACCCCUGGCUGCCAAAGAUGACGCUGCCAUGGAAACUGCUUCUAUUGCUAUCAAUCAUCGACCGUCUGACAGAUUGUCUGGACAGUGCAUCAUACCACGGUCCGCGGUGGAGGAUGGAACCAGCCGACCUGUUCAUCCCCGUCGACUCCAUAGAAGAAGAAGCCACCCUGACUUGUGAUGCUAAGGGCACACCUUCUCCUCAGUACAGAUGGUCACUAAACGGGACUCUCAUAAAUCUGGGCCUGGAUCAUCGGCGGCGUCUGUCUGGGGGCAACCUCAUUAUAGGCAAUCUGGACCGCUACCAGGACGUAGGGAUGUAUCAGUGUAUGGCCUACAACACUGUAGGAGCUAUACUGAGCAGGAGAGCAAGUCUACAGUUUGCCUAUUUAGACCAUUUCAAAGUUCACACCAGAAGCGCCGUGUCAGUCCGAGAGGGACAAGGAGUGGUGUUACUGUGUGGAACACCCACUUCAUCAGGAGACCUUACAUAUGCAUGGGUCUUCAAUGAGUAUCCAUACUUUGUUCAACAAGACAAUCGGCGAUUUGUCUCCCAGCAGACGGGAAAUCUUUACAUAGCUAAGGUGGAGCCCUCUGAUGUGGGGAACUACACAUGUGUGGUGAUGAACAGCAUCACAAAAGGCAAGGUUCAGAGCUCGCCCACAUCGCUGAUCCUCAGGACAGACGGAGUGAUGGGCGAAUACGAGCCAAAAAUAGAAGUUAAUUUUCCAGAUAAUGUACCUUCUUCGAAAGGAUCAACAGUUACUCUGGAGUGCUUCGCCCUUGGGAACCCCGUUCCAGAAAUCACCUGGAGGAGGGCUAACGGAGUCCCAUUUCCCAGCAAAGUCAAAAUGAAGUAUUCAAAUGCAGUGCUGGAGAUCCCGAGCUUCCAACAGGACGAUACAGGAGGGUACGAGUGUGUGGCAGAGAACAAAAUGGGAAGAAACACAGCUACCGGUCGCCUGGCUUUUUACGCUAAGCCUCAGUGGAUCCAGACCAUGAAGGACACGGCAAUGGCCAUAGAGGAGAGACUGCACUGGGAGUGCCGGGCCAACGGAAAGCCCAAACCCUCCUACGCUUGGCUGAAGAAUGGCCAGCAGCUCCUAUCAGAGGACAGGAUCCACGUGGAGGAUGGGGUCCUUAUGGUGUCGCCGCUCACGCUAUCUGAUGCUGGCAUGUACCAGUGUGUGGCUGAGAACAAACACGGCGUCAUAUAUUUUGCGGCCGAACUAAUGGUUUUAGCUUCUCCUCCAGACUUCACGGGGAAUGUCCUCAGAGCUUUGCUCAAAGCCAAAGCUGGAACAACGGUGACGUUGGACUGCAAGCCCCAGGCCUACCCGACAGCAAGCAUUUUAUGGAAGAAGGGGAACCUUCCUAUCCACACCAACGACAGGAUCACACUUUCUCCAGACGGAACUCUGAAGCUGGCCAAUGUGAGCAAGUCGGACGCAGGCAGCUACACGUGCUUCGCCAGGAACAGAUUUGGGAUGUCAAGCACAACUGGAAGGCUCCUGGUUACGGAUCCAACCAGAAUCAUUCAGGGACCAGUGGACAUGGAGAUUAUUGUAGGGGAGAGCAUCGUGCUGCCCUGCCAGGUGGCCAGUGAUCCUGUCCUGGAUGUGUCCUUCUCCUGGGCAUUUAAUGGACAGCUCAUCACCAAGGGAGACGACCACUUCGAGCUUGUAGGCGGCCAGAGAACAGCCGGAGAUCUGAUGAUCAGAAACAUUCAGCUUUACCACGCCGGCAAAUAUAUCUGCGUUGUGGACACAGACGUGGAGAGCCUGUCGGCCGUAGCUGUAUUGAUUGUAAAAGGUCCUCCCAGCCCCCCGGAAUCAGUGACGGUGGAGGAGGUGACAGACAGCACGGCCCAGCUGGCGUGGAGCCCCGGCAGAGACAACGGCAGCCCCAUCACCAGCUACAUCAUCCAGACAAAAACUCCAUUUACUGUGGGCUGGCAGCGGGUUAAUACAGUUCCAGAGGUAAUUGAUGGCAACAUACACACAGCUACCGUGGUUGAUCUGAAUGCCUGGGUCGAAUACGAGUUCCGGGUAUUGGCCAGAAACGGCGUUGGAGUCGGGGAACCCAGUCCCGUGUCGGUGAAGACGAGAACAGAGGACGCAGUUCCAGAUGCAGCCCCAGGUGAUGUGGGUGGAGGGGGUGGAAGCAGAUAUGAACUGGUCAUCACAUGGGAGCCCGUCCCUGAAGAACUGCAGAAUGGCGAGAGCUUCGGCUACAUCAUUGCCUUCCGCGCCUUCGGAGAAGUCAGCUGGACUCACGUGGCCACCUCGGCCCCUGGCGCGUCCCGCUAUGUGUACCGUAAUGACAGCCUGGCGCCCUUCUCUCCAUUUCACGUGAAGGUGGGCACUUACAACAGCAAAGGGCAGGGCCCCUUCAGCCCCGUGGUCACCAUCUAUUCUGCAGAGACAGAACCAAGCGGAAUGCCAGCAGGGGUUUGGACCCGAAGUGUCACAGCCUCUGAGAUUGAGGUGAACUGGCAAGCUCUCACCAUCACCCCUGAAAGGGUUCUGGGCUAUGAGGUGGUUUACUGGGAGGAUGACACCAAACCAGAAACGAUGGGGAAGGUUAGAGUGCCUUGGAACCAAACCUCAGUCACAGUAAACAACUUGGCAGGAAACGCGCAGUAUUUUUUAACAGUUAGCGCCUUCAACACAGCGGGCACCGGUCCUUUUCUCCCUGCAAUCAAUGUCACCACAAAAAAGCCACCGCCUGCCCAGCCACCGCUGAAUGUAGAAUGGACCCUAAUUGGCUCUCAGCUGUCUCUUUACUGGGAGCCUGUGGUGGCAAUGGAAUCAGAGUCAGAAGUUACAGGAUAUCAACUUUCAUUCUGGAGACAGCGACACAAAGAGGUAAACACGUUCACAACGGCCAAUUCGACAGCAGACUUGACCCUCCCUGAUAAUGAGGACGACUACAUCAUUCGCAUUCAGACGCUGAGUGAGGGAGGACUGGGUCCAGCCUCAGACCCCAUACGAAUUCAUAGGCUGAGUAUGAGCGCCCGUGGCUCCAACGCCCUGAGUGUGGACACAUCCCCGCUCUCCUUGUUCUUCACCAUCGCAAUAUCUACGUUCAGGUCAAUGUUGUGACAAGACCUCUCUCUGCUUUGUUUUCCAACAUUUUUCUAUUGUUUCUAAAAGUAACCAUGCUUUUUUUUUUCUCUCUUUACUCUUUGUUUAGAGUUGACAGUUUUAUUGUGUUCUACAUAAAAUAUGAGGCAGUGCAAUAUUGGAGUGUGCUAUCAGACAGAAUUAAUUAACAUUAUUUGCUUGUCUUUAUUUAUUUAUUUUAUUUUAAUGUGGGUCUGACAUUUUGCCAGUCAGGAACAAUACUCCAAUUCAGCUCUUUACUUUGACUCUGAAAUAACACAGAUGCCUUACUUCCAUUCAUGUGCCAAAGUAGUUUCAGCCUUCUUCUUAUUAUUAAAAAGAUAGCUCCACACUUUUCUCAGCAUUCAGUUUCAUGCAGUUUACAGCCAUUAAGCACUCAGCGUACCUUUUGAGGGGCUCAGUGUGAGAUUUUAGUUUUCAUCUCUUGAAUUUUCUGUGUUCCUCUUCAUCCGAUCGCCUGAACAUGUUCAUUCACACAUAUGCUUGUGCCUUUGAAGUUUCUUGCAAUGGCCCCAAUUAUAGAUACAUCCAGCAGCCUGUUUUUAUAAGUACAUGCGCCAUUAAAAAUGGAUUGUGUUCCAGAUUACGGUCAUAAAACAUCUCAUUCUGUUCAGUAUUUACCUUAUCAUUAUCGCUUAACUGUGGAAAAAUUGAAUGUAGACUCCUUAAGGUUUUAAUGCCUGAAGAAAAAUAAAACUAAAAUCUGUACUUGACUUGGUAUCAAGAAACAUGUUCCUGCAAACAGCAGUAGGAGUAAUGCUGCGUAGCACAUGUGCCAAUUUGUUCUUAUUUCUUUCUUUUUUUCCCCAAGUUCUUAGGUAACAACAGAAGUCUCAAAUAUUUUCUUCCAAGUCGUUUGUUUGAAGUCAAAAUUUGUUCUAAAGAAUUUAUUCUCUUUUGCUGUUAAAUACGUGACAUUUUUUGUAUUUCACGUCCAUUUUAUUGGAAAGAAUGAAACAAAUGCUGUAUGAAACAGGCAUGUUUCAGAACACAGCUCUUCGGCUUCAGGGGAAAACCCCUGAGCCAAAACCUCAAUGAAAAUUUAGAGAAAUUGGCAUUUACUUCAAUCUAUACAGUGAAGAAACUGAUGAGUGAAAAGGUGUUAAAAAAAGGUUAAUAGAAGAGUAAAGGCUUUCGAGAAGCCUGACUCUGAAUAUCUUUGUUUUGGCUAAAUUUUACAGGAUAUAUGGACUAUAGAUAAAAGGACGGCUGAUUUUAAACACGCAUAAAACACACUGUUGUGGAUAUCCAGGGUUUGGAGCGAUAACCAUUCUCUAUCCUAACCUAACAAGCUCUGGAGGGAUGUUGAAAUGGCAUAUAAUACCUAAUUUCACAUUUUCUAAAUGAAGCAUUUGCCUAUCUACCUUAAAAAUUAAGUAAGACAAAGCUCUAAUGUCAACAGAUAGGGGUAGAUUGCCGUUAUUUUGCUCAGAUUUCACAAAUAUAGACUCAGAAAUGUAUUGUGCCAACUGUAGAUCUCAGUAAUAGAAGUCAACACUGGCCACUUUAUGAGGUAACCUGUUCAAGUGCUUGUUAACGCAAAACAAAUUCCACUCAUUUCAUGGCAGUAAUUUGAUGCAGUCUGGUGUCUAGACAAGAUGAAGAUGACUGGCUGGCUUUAAGCUGCACUCAAGAAAUACAAUUUUAGUGACUUUGAGUAUAGCAUGGCUGUCGGUGUACAUAGAGCUGGUCUGAGUAUCUCAUAAACUAUUAAUCUGCUGGGGUUACCACACAUCACCAUGUCUUGUGUUUACAUAGAAUGGUUUGGAGAUGGGGUGGAUGUCCAGAGAGGAGCAGCUGUAGGGAUAAAAAUGACCUUUUGGUGUCAGAGAGUUGGACAGAAUUGACACACUGGCUUAAAAUAGUAGAAGGGCAACAGUGGUUCAUGUGAACACCUUUUACAAGGCAUGCAGAAUACUAUCUCCAACACGUCAAACCUUGAAUCACAAACCUGAUGCUACAGUUUUUGCAGAUUGAUCCAGUGUGUGACUUCAGCUUGUAUGAUUCAGACUGCUGCUGCUGCAUGUGAUGUGACGGUGUGGUACACUCGGACCCCGUUAUUACCAAUUGACUACCUGAGCAGUGUUGAUGACCAUAUCCAGAUGACCAAUGCAAUUCUAAGGUGUACCCAAAAAGUAGCCAGUUUCUCCACAUAAAAUUGAGGGGGGCAAAAGUUUGUAGCGUCAUAUUAACACUUUUAGUUAUAAAUUCUUAACUUUAAGAAUCCAUAUACAUAAUAUGAAGGAGCAAGGGAAUGCAUUUAAACUUUUGGCACCAGUAAAGAUGGAUGUAGUCACAAGGAUUCUAACGUUUUAAUUUUGAGUGGCCAACCAGUGUAUUUCCAUGUUUUUAGAUGAAAGUUUGCUUGAGCUCAAAAAAAAAUAUGUUAGAGAAAUGUGACAUAACUGAUGAGAUCACAGAACAGCACAGUCCAAGAAGAGUCAGCAUUUAUAUUAUUAGAUUUAUAGUGAUAAAAAUAGCUUUGUGGCAUAUAACUGCAUCGAAGAACUGCCUAAUUAGCUCAUCUGAACCUUUUUAACCUGUACAUAAAUCAUACGGCUUAGCUAACUCAGUGGAAGACUGAAUUUUAAAACCCCUCAGGGCUUCGGUACUGUUUGACAUCAAGAAGCAGCAGUGACAAAGAACCCUCCUACUGUGUUCUUCUCACAUCUCCAGCAUUUGAGAAAAUAAUGGAAAUAAGUGUCACCAUGCAGAUGAACUGUCGUCUCCACCACAAAAUGACCUAACCCAUAAAUGAUUCCACAUUGUAGCUGCUUACACGUCUGUGUUAUUAUUAGUCCAGUUUUCAAGUGGCGUUACAUUUCGGACGCAACAAAUUUGGCACAUGGGCCUUUUAAAAAUGUCUUGUGGUUCAUUGAUCACCACGGCCACUAUUCUAUUAUUUACUUUGAUUCAAAGUUGGGGUUUUUUUGCAUCCCGAGCGUUAUCUGAGAUAUUGCGGCUAUAUCACAGAACGAAAUCAAGCAGACUGAGAAGAAGAAGCAAAAAAACAACUUCAGAAUUUGUGUGACUUUUCAUACCCAGUGGCUACAUCCAUCUGUUGUACCAUCUAGCAUUUUCUGUCACCAAAACCGAUAAUCCGCCGUUCACCUCACAUCCACUUCACACCCUCUUCACACCGCCACCAGGCAAGUGGAGGUGAGAAAGGGAGAUGGCUUUCAACUUCUUUCUCACUUGUUUUGGUAACAGAUCCCUGCAUUUACAACAGAGUUAAACGCUGCAAACACAAUUUUUUUUAAAAGGCUAAAUCGCUGUUGCCAUCUGUAUGUAAGCAGUUUUCACUGUUUCCUAAUAUAUGGGAAUUCAAAAUACUUGUGAAUAAAAUGCGUCAUGGCAGCUUCGUCUUAAAUGCAUACCCCUUGUCAACCAAUUUAAAACUCUUAGAACCCUAAUCCUUCUAAAUUACUUUAUCUCACAAACUAUAUGGUGAUAAGUUUUCCUUAUUUGAAUGUGAGGCCCAUUUCUUGCAUGCUUUUGUAUUUUUUUUCAUAGUGGGACUCAAAGUUUUUACACUUUAAUUUUACUUGUGUUAAUAAAUUACAUUUUAAUUGAAAACUACAUAUGAAAAAAAUAAGCAAGAUUUUCAAUUAAAAAAACUGUUUUGCUGUUGAUUUAUAAAAAAACAGAUAUGUUUUUGGCUUGAAUAGUUCGAUGACAGGCUAACUCCUUUUUGCACAAUUUGCACACAACAAUAUUCUUUUCCAGCAGCCCACCACAUCUUUUUUUAUUUUUUAUCAAAAAUUAAAACUCAGUUGGCCAAGAGCAGAGUUGUAUGCUCUAAACCUAAAACUAAAGUUUUGUACACAAAACAUAUAACAUCUUAAGUUCAUCUGCAACAACCUCUCAUGCACCACCUGUUUCUCUUGACAAAUUAGUGGUUUGUAUUUCUUACGUAACCUUGUUUAGAACCCAAAGCAUUUUUAAAAAAAUAGAUACCAAAUCUGUGCAGUUUCUAUCUAUAAAUUGAGAUAUGGAGUAUUCUGAAAUUUCAUACAAGUUAAUUGCCUGAAAUGUUUCUGUUCAAUGAAGUUGUGAGGUUUUUUUUUUUUGUUUUGCUUUGUUUUUUUUCUAGCUGGAAGGCUACAGUGAGACAUAAAUGUCUUACAUUGUUUCAUUUGACUGAAGUACAUUGGAACCUCGUUGAAGUCAUUGUUGCUUGACAUUUACUUGUUUAUUGUGCUGUUAAAAUCAAUUAUUUCAUUCUCAUUACCACCAAGAAACAUUUCAGGCUCCAUUUUAUUUAUUUAUUUAUUUUAUUUAAGCCCUCUGAUCACAACAUUUCAACAUAGCAACAUGUAUGUUAGAGUACAAAUGACUGACGGAUUUACAGGAAACCUAACAAUUCAUUAAUUAAUAUCAAGAGAAUAUUGGAACAGAACUUUCAGUGUUUCUCUGCUGGGCACCCAGCCGAAGCCAGCUGAUAUGCAUCAUCAUCAUCAGCCAUUAAAGUUUGGAUGAGACGUUCGAAAUGCUGCCAAUUGUGCCAGUCUGAAAACUGAAAUCUAGCCACCAGCUUCGACGUUAUUUGGAUAAAUCUAUGGUCAGCUGUGUUUUAAUACUUUGUGAAUCCGUUCUUUGUUGUCAGUUGUACUAUUGGCCUUUUUUUGUGUGUGUGUGUCGUUUGUGGCGUCACUGUUUGCAAAUGUACUUCAGUGAAAAACCACAGCCACCACCACUCAGGUACCCAGACCUGCUUCACUCUAUCAUGUAAAUGCUCCAAGGUGGCAGGAGCGAAUAGAUCAGAGAGGUAUUAGCUCAGAACACAAUGGGCUAUUUAACAGUCUGACUUGAAUUGAAAGCCUGACAUGUGCCAUGAUUUAGCAGACAUUAAAACAUCUUAAUAAAUUAGAGCAGGCCUGAGGGGUUUUGUUGGAAAAGGGCAUUCGACUAAUGGCACUAAUGACACCCGCACAAGACUAAUAUAUCAGAAUUUAGGGAGGACUAAAUCAGGAUGGUUCUUUCAAAAUGACACCAGAAAAGGUGUGAGCAUGAGACAAAAGACAAAGUGUGUGAGCGGGAUUGUGUGUCUUAUCACCUUAGCCUAUGGAGUCAGAGACAAGUGAUUUCAAGAGGACCAUAGUGGUGUUUAAACCUAAAUUCUUCAACCUCUGACAAUGCUUGUGGGCACAGAGUAAGUGAAGCAUCACGGACAUUCACGUAGAAUAAUACAAGGUCAGUGUCGGGAGCGCGCAAUGGAUUUGACCCAGUCAGGAGCUGACAGGUCUGCUUUUCUAUUAAAUGAUCGUAGAUUACCAGAGCAAGGCGACUAGAGGGAAAAUCCACAGAAUACAGUAAAUGUUGGGUGAAUUUUUCUGAUUAAACCUUGUUUUUGUUUCCUGAAAAUAUGUGUAAAUGACUCAAACUCCUUUGAAGUCUAAGUCUGGUUAGUUUUUUUGUUGUUUUUUUUCUGUGGCUUUCUGUGAAUGACAACCUAUGUAUGUUUUUUUUUUGUUUGUUUGUUUUUUGUUUUUUUAACCUCUGUGUUUUUAUUAAAUGAACAUACAUGCUUACAUGGGUACCAAAUGCUUUUGGCCGAUGUAUUGAUCAAACAAACUGAAAAAAGGCAACCUUUAUGUCUUUGAUACAUGGAAGCUUUGCCAGCCUCUUUGUUUUGUAAUGUAUUGGUAAAGUAGACAUGAUUUGAUUUGAUUUGGAUGUUUUCUUUCUAAAUGUUUGAUAUGGUUCCUAAUUGUUCCUGUUUUCUUUUUGUUUCUUCCAAAACCUCUCUGCACAAAGGCCAAGUGUUGUUCGAAUAUAAUAAUUAAGAUCUGUUGUUUUCCAAUAUGACAGCGAGUCUCUAUUAACUACUAGUACAGCAUCCUCCACAAUUAUCAGUCGAUGGGUAGGGAAAAAAAAGUCCAAAAUAAGUUCAUCUUUUAUUGCACUCAUAUAAUCUCAUAUUAAAAUAUACUUGUGUCCUCGUCCAGCCUUGUUUGUCACAGACUGAGGUGUAUAAACCUGCUUGCUUCCUGGAAGCAAAUGUGAGCUACUUGUUAUUUUCUGCGAGCAGGAAGUCAUAAAAUGCUAAUUAAAAGUUCUUAAAGACUCUACAACGUAAUAAAUCAAGUGUACAUAAAUAAAGUGUUGGGCUCUUAAAAAGUUACACUUUUAAUAAUGUGUUUAAUAACACUUUUAAUUGGGAGGAAAAAUUAGCUUUUUUGUUGACUUUUCUCUUUUGGUUUCGUUCAAUUUAAUGUCCUUUUUUUGAGGAUUUGGUGCACUCACCAUUUUCAGAUUGCUAUUUCUGUAUAUUGUAGUUAUAGCUAAGGAUUUAUCAUCACACUGCCUCAAAGCUUAAUUUCUUGAUCAGAAGGAGUAGUUGAAGAAUUUAAUCACCUGCCAUUCAACCAUUCUCACAAUGCAGCAAAUAUUUCUUAUUUAUGUUUGUUUAGAAGAUUGAAAUCAAAAUCUUCUUUUCAUGUAGAGGCACCUUGUUUAAGAUCACGUGUCUUUUAUAAUUAGGAUCAUUGUGAAAUCCAGAAAGCAUUGGAAAGUAGUUUUAUUUGGGAUGAAAUAAUUUUGGAAGGAAAAGCAAACAAUAAGUUUUCACCUCUAUCCAUUUCUUUUCUAGCAGGAUGUUUGUUUAAUAGCAAAAACAUGUUUUCUUGUAUUGUUGGGGUGUGGGGGGUUCAGCUUACAUUUGAAGUGUAAAGAACUGUAAGAUAUUUUCCAGUAUCUUAUGCUACCUUAAGAUAUUUGUUCUAAUUCACAGAUGUCUUAAAUAAUAAAAUACCUUACAUUCAUCCCACAGAAACUUGCAGAAAGACUGCAUUAAAAAAAAUGUUUUGGUUAGGUUACAUUUAUAUUGCAGAUAUUGCCAGAGUUGCCUAUGAUAAAACUAUUACUUAGAAAUCUAGAUUUUUUUUUUUUUUCCUGAGAAAAAACAUACUCUGAUCAAAAGCUCAAGUCAUAAUAAAUCUCUCAACUGUAGCAAAGGAUGAAUUUAUUUAAGGCUUUUUUUCCCCAUGUUUUAAGGACACCACAAUGAGUAAAUUUUGGUGUCCUAUUUCGAAUUGUUUCACUCACUCGAAGCUUGAAUUUGAAAAAUACAUGACUUCCACCUUGCAGCGGCUGCUGACUGUGUCCUUUGGUGCACUGUUCCAAAAUGUUGCAAGGUUGUCAAACUGAUGAAAUAGACCACAAAUACAAAACAUUUUGUGAUUUUAUAAAGUUUUUCCAUGGUUUUUUUUUUCUUUUCUUUUUUUUUUUUUUUUUUGCAAUCAGUAAACUUGAUUGUAAAGCAGUAUGAGAUACUUUAAAUUUAUAAUUUGUAAAAAAUGGUCAAACUAACUGAUGAUUGGAGCUCUGGGUAACAACGCUUGGCCUUUUCUUAUUUGUGACUCCUCAGUAUUUUUAUGUCCCAGUGAUCUCUGUGAGAUCCUCAGACUUUUUCACAUUGAAAAGUGAACAGUUAAUCUUGAUAUGCGGAAGAUGUGCAUGUAUGAUAUUGUUUGGUGCAUUUGUGUUUUCUAAACGAGGGACUUAAUAAAAGCAGUUCACUGAG